CUGCGCGACUUUUCCCUAUGAGUUACUCAUCGUGGAAGUUGUUUCUCAACUUGAUCAAAGUGCAUAAACAAUGGGCAAUGGCUUUACAUCAUUGAAUUCGGUGCUUCAAUAAACCUAAGCUUGUAGGGUUUUAUAGAUACCUUCAAAGUUGAGUUAUGAAAACGUUUUGCUUCUUUGAAACAACAUCCACUAGACCAAUCAACCAGAGCUUUGUUCUGAAAUGAGUGUGAUCUUUCAGUACGCUUCGAGCUGAAUGAUACUCGGAUGUUAUGGCGAGCGCAGAUGCACGGAACGAUGACAUCAACCGCUUGAAUGCGACUUGGCACAUUGUGGAAACAAUCGACUUCCAGAGGUCACGCCUACUACUCCCUAAGCGAGUGAGCCACACUCUUGCACCACCAGAUGCCAUUCUCCCUUAUUUAAGGAAUGCUGACUUCGGCAACAUGGUGCAGCUCAAGAAUUUUGUCUUUGGCAACUCCCUAAUUAUUGCAUUCGUGAAGUGUUGGCGUCUGGAGACCAACAUUUUCCACCUGCCUUGGGGUGAGUGCAAGACGUUGCGUACCAUCUUGGGUUACACACUCACGGAGAGCCAGUGAGUGGGUGCUUACGUGAUUUUCACAUAUAGUACCAGCAUCCGACUUGGAAGUGGGUAGAGGAGUUCUUUGGUGCCAGGAAUAGUGACUCUACAACUGAUAGACUGGACUGUAUAAGGGGUAGGAUGAUAUUACAAAUGAAGUUGCUAUCCAACUGUCGAUGAUAUUGAGACA